AUCAUGUGUGUUACCUAUGGUAAUUGGAAUCAUCAGUGAUGCUGCGCCUUGAUCUGGGCUGUAAGUGUGGUGAAAUAAGGUCCUUGGUGCCUAAUUACUUUGGCUGUCUAUCUUCUUCUGUCCCUUGCACAGAGUUGCCUGUAUUUGCCCGCUGAUGCUUAAGUUUCUGUAUGUAAUAGUUAUUAAAGUAGUUUGAGGGAGAAAGGAGGACCUUUAAAAACUACUAAAUUAAAUUGGUUUUUUGGCAGGAGAUUGGAGAAGAUGGAGUCUCAUGAUGAGACUGGAUGCCAGGCUCCAGAAGGCCCCAUCCUCUGCAUCAACAACUGUGGCUUUUUUGGAAGCGCAGCUACAAUGAAUAUGUGCUCCAAGUGCCACAAGGCCAUGAUCCUGAAGCAGGAACAGGCCCAACUGGCAGCAUCAUCGAUUGAAAGCAUUGUGAAUGGCGGUUCUAGUGGAAAUGGUAAAGAGCCAGUUGUGGACACUAUUCUGGGUGUGCAAUCAGGAAAAAUGCCUAAGAUCGCUGCAGCAGAACAAUCCUGUGAUUUGACAUCCAAUGAGUUAUCUCUGACCAAGAAGAAAGACGGCCCCAAUAGGUGCAACACUUGCAAGAAGCGUGUUGGUUUAACAGGGUUUGAAUGCAGAUGUGGACAUCUCUUCUGUGGAGUUCAUCGUUACUCUGAGAUGCAUAACUGUCCUUUUGAUUAUCAAUCUGCUGGCCGUAAUGCCAUUGCUAAAGCCAACCCUGUAGUCAAGGCUGAGAAGCUUGACAAAAUCUAAGAGUAGUCCUGGGUUAAAUGCAAGGUUUACAUUAUGAAGUAUGAUGCUUCUCUUUCUACAGGUGCGUUUUGAUGUCAUGGUAGUGAAGGAUUAUCUACGUUGGCUGCUUGUGUUGUUAGGUGUCCUUUAUCGAUAUAAAUGGUCAUGUCACUAUAGGGGGGACAUCGUUGCAAUCAAAAGGAACUCUGUUUCCUUGUUGAUUGGUUGGGGGAUCCCUUUACUGGCUCCCAUUUGUAAGUCUUUAUUUAAUUGUGCUGGUUUGAUGAACAUGAUUGUGAUUACCUUGUAAUGCUACUUGGUGGUUGAAAAAUGAUAUGCUUUUCUUCUAGUAGCAUGAAUAAUUGUUAUUUGCACAA